UAAAUUUGAAAGAAAAUUCUGCACCGGAAGAGAGAAGCAUGUUACUAUAAACAGUAGUCACUGCACCGGAAGUCGCAGAGGCGAAGAAGUUGACUUUGGGUUUAGGAAGCGAUCUGCAGAAACGGACGUCAGGGAAAGAGAAUGCAUAUCAGCGAGAACGAGGGGAUAGAGAAUAAAUGUUUCGUGGUGACCGGCGGGCUGGGCUUCGUCGGCGCCACCCUCUGCCUAGAGCUGGUCCGAAGGGGCGCCCGUCUCGUCAAGGCCUUUGAUCUUCGAACCCAGUCUCCUUGGUCCGAUCACCUCCGCCAAAAAGGCGUCAUUUGCAUCCAAGGAGAUGUUACAAGAAAAAAGGAGGUUGAGAAGGCAUUACGUGGGGCUGAUUGUGUAUUCCAUUUGGCUUCAUAUGGUAUGUCUGGGAAAGAAAUGCUCCAAUACAGCCGUGUAGAUGAGGUUAAUAUAAAUGGGACAUGUCAUAUACUUGAUGCUUGCAUUGAUCAUCACAUUGGCCGGCUGGUCUAUGUGAGUACAUAUAAUGUUGUUUUCGGUGGAAAGGAGAUUGUCAAUGGCAAUGAAAGACUGCCUCACUUUCCCAUGGAAGAUCACGUUGAUCCUUAUGGCCGCAGUAAAGCAAUUGCUGAACAGUUAGUUCUCAAGUAUAAUGGUCGCUCUUUCAGUAAAGAGACUCAGAAAUGUCUGUACACUUGUGCCAUUCGUCCCGCUGCUAUCUAUGGACCUGGUGAAGAAAGGCACCUCCCAAGGAUCAUCAGUUUUGCAAAAUUAGGCCUGAUCCCUUUUAAGAUAGGCUCACCAGAUGUGAAAAUGGAUUGGGUUUAUGUAGAUAAUCUUGUUUUGGCCCUUCUGUUGGCUAGUAUUGGACUAUUGGAUGACAUCCCCGGGAAAGAAGGGAUACCAGUUGCUGCCGGUAAAGCUUACUUCAUAUCAGAUGGGUCUCCCGUUAAUAGUUUUGAGUUUCUUCGCCCUUUACUGAAAAGCCUGGAUUAUGAACUACCAGAAAGGUCACUGCCUGUCCCCCAAGCUCUUCUUCUAGGAAACUUUUUUUGGGGUUUGUACUCUUUCAUGCACCCUUGGCUAAACAAGAGGUGGCUUCCUCAACCCUUCAUUCUUCCUACUGAGGUGCACAAGGUUGGUGUCACACAUUACUUUUCCUAUAUAAAAGCCAAAGAGGAGCUUGGUUACAUCCCAAUGGUGACCCCUAAGGACGGUAUGGCUGCCACGAUAUCAUAUUGGAAAGAGCAAAAAAGGAGGAGUCUAGACGGGCCAACGCUACUGACAUGGGCUCUAGUUUUGGGUGGAAUGGUUGCCCUAUUUGGUGCUGCUUUCCUGCCAGACUUUGGGCCCAUUCCACUCAUAAGAGGGAUCGGGCUUUUCGUGUUUCGCUCGGUUUGGGCAUUACGGGUAUUGUUCGUUGUGUCUGUGGUGUUACACAUCGGGGAGGCUAUGUAUGCAUGGCACCUUGCAAAGAAAGUGGAUGCCUCUAAUUCCCGCGGUUGGUUCUGGCAGACCUUUGCUUUGGGAUUUUUUUCGUUACGUCUCUUGAAGAAGAGAGCCAAAGAGUGAGCAUAUUGGAUUAAUUAAUUGAUUAAUUUCCUAACGGUCGCAUCAUCAUGUUAUUAUGUUAUGUAUGUAUAUAUGUAUUAUAUGCACUCUACAGCCUACAGUAACGGGAACUGAUUUGGCUUUUUAGAUCGGACCAGAGAUCCCAUUUUCUUCAAUAAUGGAUGUGUUACAAAAAUAAUCAGUACACAUUUUUUAUAUGAUAAAAGACUUAAU